UCGUUGCGGAGUUCGGUAUUCGAAAUGCCAUCGGGUUGAUGUCCUUCGAGGGUUGGUUUCUCACCAUCGCCAUCGCCGCCACCCGUUUCGUCUGGUUCUGAAGAGUGCUUUGAUAAGCGGCAGUGGAAGAACAAAAGCCACCGAAGAAGAUGAAACAGAAACUGUGGAGUGGAGUAAGCGCCAGCGAGUGAGCGAGCGAGCGAGAAGAGUGAUGGGUUACCGUUGGUGGUCUCGUUCUGGUGGACGUUCGUUUGCAUCCGACAGAAGCUUUUUCCAGGAAGGUUCCUGGGUGCGACUCUGGUAGUGCUAUUUUUUGGGGGUGGAUGGAUGCUGUGCCGUGUGGGAGGGUGUUGCAGUGCCAAGACGUGUGCCAAUAAGAAGAAAAUUGUCUAAGGACAAACCACGGGUGAAAAGCAAAAGUGAAAAACACGAGGAAAGCGCCAAAAUUUGCCCGUCUAUGAACUGCGGAUAUCGUUCCGGUGUGCUGUCGACAUUCGCAAAGGAGGCUGCGACCGGGAAGAGAAAGUGUGUUUGUGCCAGUUUCUGUGCAAAAUUUGGAGACGCUGUGGGUGGAUUUUCCUCGUCUGCGUACUUGUGAAUGAAACUGCAUCCACUGCACUUCUUGAACUGCAGUUUUGGGUUGAGAUAGAGAGACCGCUUGCGAACGCUGGACCAAGAUUUACUGAAAGGGUAGGGGUGGAAAGUUUUUCCUUAAACUCGCUCGGCCGGAUCGAGAAAAAAAAAGUUACUGUUCUCGUGUAAUCGUGUGAUAUUUGUUCGGUCUAUUAGGUGUCUAAAAGUGAAACCAAACGUGCUGGAAUGUCUGAAAGUGAUGUCCGCUUCUUGCGGAAAAUUGUGACCAUUGCAUCAAAGGAAGAAAACCGAAGGCUGAUCAAUACCGGAUGUGAGUGAGUGAGCAAAGAGAGAAAGAGAAAUUAGCUGCCGAUGGUGUGUAUAUUGCGGAUUCGCAUUCGGCCCAGUACUGACAAAUUGGCCAGUGUCAACGGCAGCAGAAGCAGAAGUAGCAGCAGCACCGGCGGCUGUGAAACGGGAAAUUUUAUACCAUACAACGGCAUAUAAAUUAUUGAUUGGACUUCGAUCACACGAGCGCCCCCUCCCCCGGAGCAGAUAGGACUUGAGUGUUGUGCGUGGUUUUACAGUGCAGUGAAUGGGUGUGAAAAAGCAUUUAGUUUCCACGCCAGAAAGAAUAAUUUAUUACUUUGACAUGUGAUCUAGGCCAAGAAAUCAGAUAUACAAGAAACUGGUGAAGGAUUCGAUAAAUAAUCGAAAAUUAUCUAACUGAGAAUGCUGAAGAUAAGGAUAAACGACACGAUGGUUGUGAUGAUUUUACUGAUGAUAUGGACAAAUCUAGGUACCACACACGCAUUCGACUCACAUUUGCGGGGACCCUCGUUCGUAAUGGAACCUCCGCCGCGGUUAGAAUUUUCCAACUCAUCCGGCGGUUGGUUGGACUGUUCUGCGUCCGGAAGUCCACAGCCUACCAUCGAUUGGCUGUCGGUGGACGGAACAUCCGUCGGUGACGUCGGUGGCGUUCGACGGGUGCUCCGGAAUGGCACCCUCGUUCUACUGCCCUUUCCUGCCGCUGCCUACCGGCAGGACAUUCACAGUACAAUCUAUCGGUGCGUAUCGUCGAACACCGUUGGACGGGUUAUUUCCCGAGAUGUACAAGUGCGAGCAGUGGUUGCUCAAGCGUACAAAGUCGACGUCGAAGUGCUGGCAGCAUCCCGAGGCUGUACCGCGAUUCUGCGUUGUGUAGUGCCUAAUUUUGUUAAGGAGCUAGUGCGGGUGGUGUCCUGGGUGCAGGAACCUGCCUUCUACAUUUAUCCAUCGCUGCAAGGCGAUGGUAAAUACCACCUGCUUCCCACUGGCGAGCUUCUAAUUCACAAUCUAGAAUAUAACGAUCGGUAUCCGUCGUACCGGUGUCGGACGAUGCACAAACUGACGCGGCAAGUCGUCACCAGCAGUUCGGCCAAAAUUCGAAUGAACGAGCAACGAGGAAUCGUAUCCCCGAGUGUAGUGGAACACACGUCACAUGUUUCCGUGUCACAGGACGAAGGUGCUGUUCUUCUCUGUGUUGCGCAGGGCUGCCCAUCACCAGAAUAUCGAUGGUACACCCACAAUGGACCGGAACCUAUCUCCGUUUCGUCCGGACCACGGAUACGACUGCUGGGCCCGGUACUGGCCAUCGAAGCCGUUACUAGCGAAGACGGUGGCGUUUACAAAUGUUCCGCAUCGAAUGCCGGCGGUGAGGCGAGUGCCGAUUUGCGACUUACCGUUUCCACACCGAUUCAUGUUGAGAUAUCUCCAAACGUGCUAAGUGUUCACAUGGGCGGGACGGCUGAGUUCCGUUGUCUGGUAACGACGAACGGUUUGAAUGCCGGUCCGCAGCACAUCACCUGGUUCAAGGAUGGCCGUCAGCUGCCCAGUUCGGGUCGGGUCGGUGACACACUGCAGGUAACCGGUGUGACCCGCGAGGACAAGGGCAUGUACCAGUGCGUGGUUCGGCGACAGGAGGGAGAUUCCUUUCAGGCGUCCGCUGAGCUGCAAUUGGGAGACGCUCCACCAUCCCUGGUGUACAGCUUCAUAGAACAGACGCUGCAACCGGGACCGGCCGUGUCACUCAAAUGUUCCGCCCAGGGUAAUCCGACGCCGCAGAUCUCAUGGACGCUGGAUGGAUUUCCGCUGCCAACCAAUGGAAGGUUUAUGAUUGGCCAAUACGUUACAGUACACGGAGACGUGAUAUCACACGUGAACAUCAGCCACGUUAUGGUCGAAGAUGGUGGAGAGUAUUCAUGCAUUGCCGAAAACCGUGCUGGCAAAACUUCACAUUCAGCCCGGUUGAACAUUUACGGACUGCCGUAUAUUCGUUUGAUUCCCAAGGUCACUGCGGUAGCUGGACAAACCCUGUAUCUGAAAUGUCCGGUUGCCGGUUAUCCAAUAGAGGAAAUCCACUGGGAACGGGGAGGCCGCGAAUUGCCGGAGGACAUGCGUCAGAAGGUUCAAUCCGAUGGGACGCUCGAAAUCAAGGAAGUCCAAAAAUCACUGGAUUCCGGUGUGUACACAUGCUGGGCACGGAACAAACAAGGCCAUAGCGCCCGACGGAGCGGUGAAGUGACUGUUAUAGUUCCUCCCAAUAUCGAGCCAUUUUCCUUUCAAGACGGUUUGGCCGAGGGCAUGCGAACGCGUACGGUGUGCGGCGUAUCGAAGGGCGAUGCACCACUGUCUCUGAAGUGGCUUAAGGACGGUGAACCACUGUCCUCACUGCUUGGGGCCAAUGUGUCCACUCUCGAUCAGUACUCGUCCCUCCUCAAUAUCCCCUCCCUCUCAGCGGCACACUCCGGCGAUUAUACCUGCGUCGCCAGCAAUCCGGCAGCCGAGGUGAAGUUCACUGCGUCGUUACAGGUAAAAGUUCCGCCUCGUUGGAUUGUGGAGCCGACCGAUGUGAGUGUAGAACGGAACCGCCACAUUACUCUGCACUGUCAGGCACAGGGGGUUCCCAUACCAACGAUUCAGUGGAAAAAGGCAACAGGGAGCAAAUCGGGAGACUACGAGGAGGUUAGAGAGCGACCCUACACAAAGCUGCUGACAAACGGGUCACUGCUACUGCAGCACGUGAAGGAAGAUCGAGAAGGCUUCUAUCUCUGUCAGGCUCACAACGGAAUUGGGACAGGAAUUGGGAAAGUCAUUCAGCUGAAAGUUAACUCUUCACCAUAUUUCUCCGGGCAGUCCAAGAUGGUAACAGUUAAAAAAGGAGACACCGCCAUCAUGCAAUGUGAAGUCAAAGGCGACAAGCCAAUCAAUGUAGUCUGGCUACGCAACGGUAAACAUGAGCUUAACCCCUCAACCAACUAUCGAGUUUCUAUCAAGCAAGACGCAACACCGGAAGGAAUACACGCUGAAGUGCAAAUUUCCAGCGUGGAAAGCAGUGACAGUGGAGCGUACUUCUGUCAGGCUAGUAAUCUGUACGGCCGUGAUCAACAGUUGGUUCAGCUGCAGGUUCAAGAACCGCCGCAACCACCGUCAUCACUGGAAGCAUCGAUGGUGGCGAGCCGGGCGGUGAAUUUAAAAUGGCAACCUCGGGGCGGUGAUGCCGCCGAAGUGUCAAAAUACAUCGUAGAAUACAGAGAAAUUGACCGUCAAUGGAUGUACAUGGAAAUAUCAGACCCACCGCAAUACUCAGCAAUGAUCGAAAACUUGAAGCCCGCUACCAACUACAUGUUCAGAGUGAUAGCCGAGGGACCAGCUGGAAGAAGUUCACCUAGCCAGGAACUGUUCAUCAAAACGGAACCUCAGCGACCGGCUGGAGCUCCAUUAAACCUUUCAGCAAGACCAAUCUCAUCAACCGAAAUUCUUGUCAACUGGAUGCCUCCGACUUACGAGCUUAGACACGGUGAAAUUCAAGGAUAUAACAUAGGUUACCGAUCGAUGCACACCAACUCAAACAGUUAUAAUUUCACCUCGAUAUCCGGAGACGGCGAAGAUGGUACCGGUGAACUUCUGCUGGGAAACCUUGCUAAAUAUACUCGAUAUACGAUAGUUUCCCAAGCAUUCAAUCAGGUAGGACCGGGCCCACUAUCGGAACCCGUCACAGCUCAAACCAUGGAGGAUGUUCCCAGCAAGCCACCGGAAGAUAUACGAUGCGCUGCCUUGACGUCCACCUCCAUCCAGGUAUCUUGGCAACCACCACAAGCUCAUCAUACGAAUGGUUUACUCCAGGGCUACAAAGUGUUCUACGAAUCUGCCUCGGAGGAAUCCAUCAGUAACGGAGACAUGGAAACUCGCAAAACCACUGCCCUCACUAUACUUCUUACGAGUCUUAGAAAAUUCUCCAACUACAGCGUCCAGGUUCUCGCGUACACAAGGAUGGGUGACGGAGUCAUAUCGCCUUCUGCCUUUUGUCACACCGAAGAAGAUGCCCCGGAAGCUCCCGCCGACAUCAAAAUAGCCAUCAGCUCACCGUCUUCGCUGUACGUAUCGUGGCUACCACCGAGCGAACCGAAUGGAAUAAUCACCAAGUACAACCUGUACGUACGAGCCGUCAACGGUCGCGAAGAGCUAAGCAACGACAAACGUAAUCUACUGCCCCAUCAACACUACUUCGAAUCGAAACAGCUGCAAAGUCACACCGAAUACCAGUUCUGGGUGUCGGCAUCGACUCGCGUGGGGGAAGGAAAAAGCACUCGUGUUGUGUCGCAAAUGACAUCCAAUCGUGUACCGGCAAAGAUUGUCUCCUUCGGGGGAUUAACAAUCCGUCCGUGGAAAACGUCAGCAUCGCUGAACUGCAUGGCCGUUGGGCAACCCCGACGAGAAUGGUUCAAGGGUGAUAUUCUGCUUCGUUCGGGAUCGCAUCACAACGUGCAGAUACUGGAUUCUGGUGAGAUUAUCAUCACCAUGCUACAGACAACCGACACCGGCAACUACACUUGCCAAGUCGACAACGGUGUUGGAACUGAUCGACUAACGCACAAUCUACUAGUUCAAGUUCCUCCGGGACCGCCGGUCCUGUACGUAACCAGUGCUACCUCCAGCAGCAUACUACUACACUGGAAGAUUGGCUCAACCGGGAACGCACCGAUAACUGCUUUCUCACUGCACUAUCGAAGAGUUCAUGGAAACCUGGAAGAAAUGCAACUUUCCCGGCACGCGUCCAGCCACGAGCUGAAAGGAUUGUUCUGUGGUAGUACCUAUCAAGUGUACCUAGUUGCUCAUAACAAAAUAGGUUCCUCAUCGGCCAGUACUACACUGAACGUUAAGACGCAAGGGCAGCCACCCGGAAUUCCAAUAGCCUCAGUACUGAUUGCACCAAACUCUACAUCUGUGGUUCUGCGACUCAACGGCUGGCCCGAUAACGGAUGUCCUAUUUUGUACUUCGUUCUACAGUACCGUUCAAUCUCCAACAAUCUGGAUGACGAAUGGCAUUUAGUGUCGAAUGCUUUGAAACCGCAGCGCAGGUUUACUCUAUCGGGACUACUUCCAUCCACACUGUAUCAGCUAAAGAUGGAAGCGCACAACGUGGCUGGUUCAACGAGCUCCGAGUACACUUUUGUAACUCUAACGAAAGAUGGAGACCCACCUCCGCCAGAUCUAGUACAAAGAGGACAACGUUCUCAAGUUUUCUACAACAAUAUUCAGCUGCUAAUACCGAUAAUCAUUACAAUUACGGCAACCAUCAUCUGCAUUGCCUUCACGGUAGUUUGCUACAAAUAUCGUGAGUAUAUUGUUCUGUUCUGUUUUGGUAUCGGCUCUGAGCCGCCUCGUUACUUCCCAGGCCAACGUGGUCGUGAACGGAAGGAUACGAUGGACGGCAACCAACAGAGCACGGAUGCCCAGCGUGAUCGCUAUUAUGCCACCAUCCACAAGGUGGCACUGCAAGCAGGCGAUAAAAUUCCAGAAACCUCCGAGGACAUUUCACCGUACGCCACAUUUCAACUCUCAGAAGCAAGCACUCUUGCUCAGCCUCAUCACAGCGGUCCGACUAAUACAUUACUACACUCCUUCAUGUACCACGAACGUGCCAUGACCGAGGGAUGUGCUUCACCUCCACCCGCAGCGGUACUGAGACAACUUCAUAAUCAGUCGCCUUACUAUAAUAUCAACUCAUCCAAAGGUCGGCGGAGACAUUCACGUAAAACAGAACCAGAAAGUGAAGAAUCAGACUCCGAUCAAGAUCAACUGACAUCGAGUCGGACUGAAUCAUCGAAUCAGCUCGACGCCAAGAUCAAGCACAGUAAGGAUGAUCUGAUACAACGAAGCGCCUGCGGAGAUGACGACCUCGUCUAUAACCAGCAUUUCAUGCGUUCCAUUCCAGGUCUUAUCUAUCACGGCACGCAAUCUAGUACUUCGUCCGACCUGUCGCCGAUGUCCGAACAAAAAUCACUACCUCGUCGUGGCAGAUCAAGGGGAACUAUGAGAUCCUUACUUACACCACUACAUUUACCCGACAAUACACCGGGAGGCGGUGGAGGUCCACUGUUCCACCAGAUGCCGAUCGAGAGUGGCACGCCGGACCGGCUGGAGCUGUCGGAGGCCGAGUGCGACAUCGAUACGAUCAAGAAGCUGAAACUGGGUAUGCGUUCGUCGCUGUGGUCGCGUCCUCAGCAGAACAAUAGUGCGAUCAUCGCCAACAGUGGCCUAGGCGGUGUUGGCACCGGAGGUAAUGGUGGUGGUGGUGGAGGCAUAGGAGGAGGAGGGAAUGUUGGUCCCGGAGGCCAAGUCCCGGGCGGACACCCGUCAGACUACUCGAUCGCGGUAUAAAGUUGAUCCUAAUAUUUAUAGUAACGACUGGGUGCAUCUAAUGCAUUUUUACGGACGUGUUUUUAUUCUGCAGUAAGUUCCAGCGAUGGCUAAAAUGUGUAUUUACAAUGGAUUAUGUAAAGGACUCGUCCCUCAGAUCAACGGACUGUCAAGCAGGAUACUAGAGGAAAUUACUAUAAACAAAAAACUUCGAAAUAUUUUUUUUUCUUUAUUUUCCUUUUCGAUGACUGACUGAAGGCAAAGCAUAUUUGUCAUUUUAGACGAGACAUAGAUUUGUGAUCCGCUAGUAUUUUGUAUUGAUCAAUCGAGAUAAAAGUGAUCACAACAUGUCGAUAGCAAAUUUGGCAGAACACCAAAUCCGUUCGCCAAAGAAAUUCUUGUUAAACUAAGACAGUUUCUUCCGGACGUGUAAAAGAAGCUCCGGCUAGUAUCGGAAACUCCUAUUUCUAUUCAGUGUCAGUCUUGCUAAUUCUAAGGCUGUGAACCAUUUCGCGGUUAAUUUUAACUUUUGGUUGAAUUCUGACACUUGAGUGGUUAUUUUGUGUCGAGUAGUUAAAUUUUACUAAAACUGCGGCCCAUUUCAAAAUUUGACGGACGGAAAGUUUUUUGGGUUUAUUUUCCACUGGAAAUAAUUUCAACUAAAGGAUUAAUAUUAGAAUUUGCAUUGCAAGAUUUUUUUCAGUGCCGGAAAAUAACCAUCGAUCUGUCAAAAAUAAUCAUGCUCUCGAGCAGGGUUAUUUUUGACAACAUCAAAUUAACUGCUCGAGUGUCAUAUUUUAACCAAAAGUUAAAAUUAACCGCGAAAUGAUUCACAGCCUAAGUCUCAAUAGGAUCUUAGUACGAGUCAUGCAAUGAUUUUAUAUCUUAAAAAUAAACCGCCAAGUCUAUUGGAACUGAAUGGUUUUAUUACACAAAAUAAAUGUAAUACCAAGACUUUGCUUAGUAUGAUGAAUGAUGCAUCGUCUAUAUUUGACGACAGCUUGAUUUGAAAUGCUGAGCCGAUUCCGGCAUCAUUUUCUAAUAGGGUUUUGGUCGUGUGUUGUAUAGCGUUUCCAGCCGACUCCAGCCUUCUGCUCGCUAUGCUGAUGUAUUUUGGGGUUCUCUAAACUCAAGAAAUUAUUAGGUGAGACCGAAGCUAGACCGGACACGGGGUUACCCGAACAGCUUAAAUAUCUAAUAAACCUGCAAUUAUUCCGAUCCAUGGAUUGACGUUUUGAAUGCACUUUCGUGUGACAGACAGAAACCAGUUCGCUGGAGGUUGAGGCGUCAGUCUCACGAAAAGUAGAAAUUAAAGUAAUCUCAAUAUUUAACACCCCAUUGUAUUUGUUCUUAAUUUUUGGAUGAAGCUUUAUAGUCUGGUUUUGCCCCAUAACAAGUCCGGUUUAGCCCCGCGGUUUCUGAAAUCAGUGUUGGUGAUUGCUGAAAAUUUUACAGAAGCUACUCAAUUUUAUCUAUAUUGUAUACAACAUUUUCAAUCCGGUAGAAGAUGCUACAAGAAUUCGAGUCUCUCAAUGCAUGAACCUCGAGAGAAUUUUUCUACAUUUCUUCGCUCCACUUCAUACUCUGAGUAUUUCAUGGCCCUUAAAAAAAUUUCAGUCUGAUUAUAGCAGCCCUUACACGUGACAAUAUUAUUGUCAAUCCAAAGUAUUGUCAAUACCGUCAAUCCAAUUGACUUGGUAACUUGAGUCCACAUUUUUCGAGAAAAUCAAGUGUUUGGAGCUUCAAAUAUUGCAAAUGAACAUUGAAAUAUUGAGAGAUGAGUUCAUUGCACAUAUUUGGCAGUUUCCUCUCUGGAGAGAAAGUAUUGUUGGAUUGAUGAGCAGUUUUGAUUUUUUGACAAUAUUUUCGUCAAUCCAAUGAAGUUUCCAUUACACGAUCAAAAGUAUUGUCAAUACUCCUUGUAUUGACAAUAAUAUUGUCUCGUGUAAGGGCAGCUUAUGAUCGCCGCUGUGUGGAAUUUACCAAGAGAGAAUCGCAAGUUGACAAUUAUCGCAGAAAAUCUAAUCGAUGAUUCGACUUGAUGAUUCUCAUACUAGGUUGCAAUAUUUAAAAACCCUUGUGUGGAGCAUUCACAUACAUUUUCAUAGACACAAAUUAUACAAAGGUUAUAUGCACAUAGUUAGAAUAAGCGGCAAUAGUAAAAUGAUUCUAUCGCAAUUAUCCACUGCCCAUAAGCCGCCCUUACACGUGACAAUAUUAUUGUCAAUCCAAAGUAUUGUCAAUACCGUCAAUCCAAUUGAUUUGGUAACUUGAGUCCGCAUUUUUCGAGAAAAUCAAGCGUUUGGAGCUUCAAAUAUUGCAAAUGAAUAUUAAAAUAUAGAGAGAAGAGAUUAUUGCACAUAUUUAACAGUUUCUCUCUGGAGAGAAAGUAUUGUUGGAUUGAUGAGCAGUUUUAGCAGCCCUUACACGUGACAAUAUUAUUGUCAAUCCAAAGUAUUGUCAAUACCGUCAAUCCAAUUGGCUUGGUAACUUGAGUCCGCGUUUUUCGAAAAAAUCAUGCGUUUGGAGCUUUAAAUAUUGCAACUGAAUAUAGUAACAUUGAGAGAAACGGUCAUUGUACAUAUUUAACUGUUUCCUCUCUGGAGAGAAAGUAUUGUAGGAUUGAUGAGCAGGUUUGAUUUUUUGACAAUAUUUUCGUCAAUCCAAUGAAGUUUCCAUUACACGAUCAAAAGUAUUGUCAAUACUCCUUGUAUUGACAAUAAUAUUGUCUCGUGUAAGGGUCGCUAUACAGAAUCGGAUCGCGAAACGAGAACAAGCGACCGUAUGUUGCUUCAGAGAGAAUCCCCACAGCAGCGUGCUAGCCGUUGAUUCUCAGACGGUUCACCGAGAGAAAUUCGCUCUCGCACUAGUGUCUAUUCUAUGUUAAAUGUACCAUGCCGGUUUUUUUGUUGUUGCGAUGAUUUCCGAUUCUAUUUGAUGACACUGAUUCAAUCGUGGAAGAGUUGCGAGCGAGCGUUCUUUGAUACGAUAAAAGCCAUCCUUGUCUGAAAUAUUAAAUUUCGGGUUAUUCACUUCCACGUGACUUGGUAUGAAAACUAAUGCAUAUUUUUACAAAUCACAAACUGGGAACUGUAACGGAAGGUUGAGUCUACCCAACGGUAGAGAUAACUUGGGUAAAAACCUAGUUGUAAUGGAUGUUUUUUUUUUCAAUUUCCAAAAAGUGUCCGUUGUAGCCCCGGUUUUCCCUAUAUUAUGAAAACUUUUCGUUAAAUAUUUGAGUCAGUUAUUAAUGGAUAAUUUCAAACAAACGGCUUUAUAACCAAAAUAUUCUCAAGUAAUUACAUACAUAUUUCCAUACGUAUGAAAAUUGAUAAACAUGUCCUAAACGAAAUUUUUUAUUUAUGUUCGUUCGGUGUUACGAGCAAAAAUUGGUUAAACAAGAAUGUUUGUAAAACGAUCAAACUUUCUAUCGAGUUCUUCUUUCAAGCUCAAUACAUACAUAAUCUAGAAUAAGUAUUCCGGCUCCCUGUCACGACGCCAUCUUGAUGAGAUCUAAAUCGGAACUUCAAAAUCAGCUGAUUGCAACGUAAACAAACAAACAGUAAUGCAUUUGUUUAACGCGUUUACCUUGUUUAGUGCACGAAAAUUAGUGAAUUUUGUGUCGACUCUUUCACAAUAACUUGUCGGUUUACCUAAAAUACAACAGAAAGUGUUUUGGGACAUUAAGUGGAAAUAAUUUUCACAAUUUGAGAGUCGCGAUGAGUAUCAAAACAUCGCAGUGUUUGGGGCUCGAAACGCGAGGGGCUCAACGUAAUCGGUAUACUUUCAAAUGGCUGGUGCUCACAUACCGGUGUCAGAUGGCUGAAGUAUUCACUCAAGCUUUUUUCUUAGCAAAUGCGAAUUACUGGGUCUUUCGUUUGACACCUUCCAUCUAGUUCUGCACCGACUCCUUGGUCACCUUCCCCGCCGAAGGAUAUGAAUUUACAUAAACUGCAUUUCGCUGACAACUGUCAUUCGCGUCUUAUUGAGGGUUCACUAGACGACGGCCUACACUGAUAAAAAUUUGCACGAUCGAUUCAUACUCAAAAGCACUUCAAUUUUAUAUGCUUUUUCAUUUCAAUACAUAACCAAAGUUAUUUGUUUUUAGAUUUCAUGUGCAAAUUCACUUAGAUGCAAGAUUAGCUUAUUUUUCACUUAGUUUUGAUGUGUUUUUCCCUCGGAUGUGAUUUGUUUUGCUAUUGAAUCGAGCUACUUUUGUUAAACACUUCAUUUUCAAGUGGGAAUGAGUACAGCAUAAAUGUAUUUGCAAAUCACUUGAUUCGGUCAACCGUGUUUCAAUUGAAAUCUGUAGGGAAAACAAUGUGACUUUCAUAUGAAAUUCAUGUUGGCUUUCAAACGCAAAACUCAAAUUUCUCCGCGCCUUCUAUGUUUCACAUUAUGGGCCAAGAAAACGAUGAAGUUAGCAAAUUAUUACAUAGAGCAAUAUAAGAACCCUCUUAAAAAACGCUCAACGGUGGUCCAUCGUUGGUUCAAUACGUUGGAUCGUUGCUCCAAUGGAAGUCCAAUCAAUCGUUCAACGGGAGUCCAACACGGGUCCUUCGUUUGCUGAUUUUGAAACAAACCGUUGAACCGAAUGCAAUUUUUUUCGUUCAACAAACCCGGCCAUCGUUCAGCCAUUUUUAUUAUGAGGAGUUGGAGCCCCGAUGGACUAGUUUCACUAGAGAAUUUCCGAAGUUUUUUCCACUUUUUUUUUAAGCUAACACUACAUACCUGUACAAUACUUCUACUUCACGUAGAGUAACAACAAAUUUUCUUUCUAUAUAAAGGUAACAUCUAAUUUCCACACUAUUUUUGCAAGCGAAAAAACAACAACAAACCGUUCCAGCUAACUGAACGAAUAUUACGUGCAGUAUGUCGUUCAACGAGCGCUCAACGACCAACAAAAUAGAACGGCCUGCUGAGAGGGAAUCGAGUAUUAAAUGCGAAAGUAAAGGGUGAUUUUUUAAGAGCUUGAGAACUUUUUUAAACAAUAAAACGCAUAAAAUUUGCAAAAUCUCAUCGGUUCUUUAUUUUAAACGUUAGAUUGGUACAUGACAUUUACUUUUUGAAGAUAAUUUCAUUUAAAUGUUGACCGCGGCUGCGUCUUAGGUGGUCCAUUCGGAAAAUCCGCUUUUUUAUCGACAAAUUUUGUUCAGCGAUGAGGCUCAUUUCUGGUUGAAUGGCUACGUAAAUAAGCAAAAUUGCCGCAUUUGGAGUGAAGAGCAACCAGAAGCCGUUCAAGAACUGCCCAUGCAUCCCGAAAAAUGCACUGUUUGGUGUGGUUUGUACGCUGGUGGAAUCAUUGGACCGUAUUUUUUCAAAGAUGCUGUUGGACGCAACGUUACAGUGAAUGGCGAUCGCUAUCGUUCGAUGCUAACAAACUUUUUGUUGCCAAAAAUGGAAGAACUGAACUUGGUUGACAUGUGGUUUCAACCAGAUGGCGCUACAUGCCACACAGCUCGCGAUUCUAUGGCCAUUUUGAGGGAAAACUUCGGAGAACAAUUCAUCUCAAGAAAUGGACCGGUAAGUUGGCCACCAAGAUCAUGCGAUUUGACGCCUUUAGACUAUUUUUUGUGGGGCUACGUCAAGUCUAAAGUCUACAGAAAUAAGCCAGUAACUAUUCCAGCUUUGGAAGACAACAUUUCCGAAGAAAUUCGGGCUAUUCCGGCCGAAAUGCUCGAAAAAGUUGCCCAAAAUUGGACUUUCCGAAUGGACCACCUAAGACGCAGCCGCGGUCAACAUUUAAAUGAAAUUAUCUUCAAAAAGUAAAUGUCAUGUACCAAUCUAACGUUUAAAAUAAAGAACCGAUGAGAUUUUGCAAAUUUUAUGCGUUUUAUUGUUUAAAAAAGUUCUCAAGCUCUUAAAAAAUCACCCUUUAGUUACUAACAUAGUAAUUUUUCUUUAAACAAACCUACGGAAUGGGUAAAACUUUUGCAUUCAUUCAACUUGUUCAUAAAAAAUAAAGAAUUUCUUCAAUACUUAACUAUAUUUAGUUAUUGAUGCUAAAUGAGGUUAUGUCAUCAAUUUUCAUAAUCGAAAUUGAAGGUGUUAACAAAUGGAAUGGUGGAAUAAACGGCCAGACCAAUUAUUUCAGAACGCAUUUAUUGAGUUAAGUGUAUAUUUUCAUGAAUUUCACGUGUUCUACAUGUAGUGAUAAUUCCAAUGCUUUGCACAUGACCCUAGCGUACAAAUUAUUUUCAGUGUACUAUUAUUCUUUAAUGUGGAGCUCAUUCAUGUUAGAAGGGUACCGGUUGUGAUGUGAAUGACUCUCACCAAACAACAGGAACAGAUGGACUUCCACAUGAGAUAUUUCUUUGAGAUUUGAACCGAUUAAUGUGUUUGGAAAACUCUCCGACUGGGAAGCCGUUUGAAGUCCGCACACUAAGAUUAAAUUCCAUUGUUCGGUAAUUUUUUUGAUGAAAACUUUCGGUAAUCAAUAGAAAUUACCGAUAUUUCAGUGUAUGAACGUCAUUUUACAAAAAUUAUGCAAGUUUUUACCGGACGAUCAGUUUUCAUUACAGAGUUCUGUAAAUAGAUAUACAAUUCAUGCGAUAAAUCUGAAUAGUCGCCGAGUACGGUUAAACCCAUGCCGUCCGUAUGGUAAAAUAAUCUUCCAAUAACCGAACUUCUGUAAAUACUAAUUGUCGUGAAAACUGACUGUCAAACAGUUGAUCAAAUUUUCAGUAAGUGUCUUUUUAUUAAUCAAAUCAAAAUCUUGUAGAGUUCAUCGAAUGGAUUGAGGUACAGGUGCUAACGUUUUUAAAACAUUAGAAUCACUAAAAACAUGUUGUUUCCUUAUAGGCAGAAAAUAAUUUUGUAUCACUUAUCCACUUGCUGCCUACACAAAUCGUUCAAGGGUAAUUUCUGGUGGACUCGACGGAUUGUGCAGUGUUUUGGAAGGUACUCAUAAUUCCGGUCAGCCAGAACAUUUGACCUUUUUUCGUGGAAUAAAACCACGAAAAAACUUUCUUCAUUCGUUUUUGUGAAUAUGUGUAGUUUUCUAAAAUCCGAAAAUAAAAGAAUUUUAACCAAAGGAAAAUAUAAAAAAAAACAAAAAAUUACCGAACAAUUAGUUAGACCCAUUUGGUUUACGCAGUUUUCGGUAGUUGUUUGACAGUUCAGCAAUUACCGAACGAUCGGCAAUCAAUUCAAUUACCGAACUGAAUACCGAACGUUCAACUGUUGAAAAUUUGGUAAAAAAUUACCGAAUUCUGCGAAAUUUUCUAAGUAUGUGUCUUUACGCAAUAUCCAUCAUCCAGUAUCAAUUACUGGCUUAGAUGGUUUUUACUCGAUCUAUGAUUUCUGGCUGUCAACUAACGUGACAGUGAUUUGGUUACAUUCAACUAUACCAAAUGUGAGUAGAUCGAAUUUUCGCUAUGCACGCGUUGCCCCUCUUACUUCAAUACCGUGUGAAAAGCUUGUUUUCUGAAUUGCUGAAUUAGUAAGAUUAGAUUAGUCUAAAUUGGAAUGUUCUUUUAUGAAAAUAUACCAUUUGUAGAAACACAACAACCACUCACGUGAACUAAACACAUUACUUCGGAUUCAAUUUUAAUAAACUUGACAUUUGCCUCUAGCUAAAAAGUGAUGUGCAUCACUCUCUAGUUAUUCAUGAUCGCUGGGUUUACAUGAAUUAUCAAGUAGCCAUACCACUCUCCAUCCUUUUACUGUUGACAAUUUAUCCCGGAAAGUAACGACCAUAAAAUGAUUGAUGUACAAAUCUGCAUGCAAUAAUUUACACUUAUAUUUUUCCAUGCGAAAACGAAUCGGACCGAUGACUUUCCUGAAAAUCUUACAAAUUUCAAAUCUCUGCUCUCUCCUAUCUAUUCAUUUAGAAUAAUUUGCGAAUAUUUCUGAAUGCACACUCGAUUAGUAUUCUGUUUUAAACAAAUUUAACUUUGAGUAAAACUAUAUUCAUAUGAUGAACAUUAACAUUUCUCUUACAAUUAGUCAGAUCUUUAGUCCCAGUCCCAAUAUUACUACUUUGCUUUCAGUCAGCCUUUUGAACAUAGCUACACAACAAGACCAAACUAAAAAUGAACUACAAAAGCUAAUCGGUGUCAAACUACUACGAGUACCAAAAUCAAAACUAAUGAAAGGAAUACUCCUCAGAAACGUCUGAUGACUGCAAAAUCUGUUGAAGCAUACACACAUACAUGGCCAAAUACAAUUAGGAAAACAGAAUGGUUAUAAGUAAUCAAAAUUAUUUUAAGUCAAGUUUGUAGAUAAAAUUUUAUACUAUAAAGUAAAUAUAUACAACCGUUUGAAUCUGUGUACAGAAAGAGAUCCCGAAACGAGAGAUUCUUGUUUCACCCUGUUAACAUUUCAUUCAAUUCAUUUUUCGAAAUUUGUUCAGCCAUGUGCCAAAACAGUUAUUUUUCGUAUUGAAUAUUUUUAUACUCAAAGAUCUACUAUAAUCACCUCAAAAGUUUAUGAGCCAAACCCCAGUUACAAGCAAAUGCUGGGCUAGUUUUAUCGACUCAAACCAUUGGUUAGUUUCCACGUCAGACGAUCGAUUCAGCAAAAACAGCAAAUCCAAACAACAUCAGUAUUUGCUAAAAUUUUGUAUCUGUGUAUAAAGACUGAAUUUUCAUUAAUACAUCUUAAACUAUUAGGCAACAGAAUAGAGAGAAUAGCAAAACCAAACAAAAAUAUUAUAGAAUAAAUAUACUAACAAAGGUGUAGGUGCGUCAAAUCAGGUUCAAACGUCAAAUGUUAAAUAAAACGCAGCAAUCGACAAUGAGAUAGCGAACAAAACGGAACGAGUGGAAAAAAGGAAGCCGGGUAAAGCAGCAUGUGUGUAUACCAAUCAAAUUUACAAAAUGGCCGACAACUAUAUGGCCUCACCUAGUCAGCAAAUAUGCGAACAACGGUUUAAUAAUAUUUUUAAACGAUUGAUAGUUUGUAACGUUAACUAGUUAAAUAUUAAGCAUCCUGUUUUACCCGCAGCUUUUGCGAUAUAUAACGAAAUUUUGUUACAUUUGACGUUUAUUCUAAACAGUUAGUGCGAUCAGUUCAGCGAAGCAUUGCUACAUUCCGCAACUUGACUGUUUGGUUACAGUGAAUUAAAAAUCAGGAAUUUAAUUGAUAAUGAAUAAAUUAUGCAAAAAAAUAGACAAACAGAAACCUAUAAAACGCUAGUCACUACAAAACGUAUUAGAUACAAAUAAUUAACUAAAUCAUCAACGAACUGUACGAAUUUAAUGAGAAUGAUACACAAAACCAUACACACUAAAUGCAGCAAGUAUUAUUUUCCGUAAGACUUUUUUUACAAACAUGAAUAACGAACGCAACACACAUUUAACAAAAGAAAAAAAAUCAGAACAACUACGAACUAAAAAUUACCAAAUUGUGUAAGUGAGGAUUCCCGAAACCAGUAAUAACAAGUUAUUCGAUAAUGAUACAGUGUUUAUGAGGCAAAAUAAUACUUUGUGAUAUGUGUAAUCAAAUUACUAUUAGAUACAAGGAAACCUGCAGUUACAUGAAUCACAUAAAAUAUCCAACCUAAGAAACAGUUAGCGCAAAAUUAGCAAACAAACCAGUUUAAUUGAAAUAAUCGAAUUUGUUUUCAUUACAACGUAAAAUCUACAAAAAAUAACACAUUUCCCAACGAUGUCGAAAUCAAGUGUAGUAGAAAAUUCCAUUAGCAAAGCACCCUUUAAAAUACGCGCGCACCGAAAACAAAACAGACCGACAUAAGCACUCAUACAGUCACACGCAACAAACACUACCACACACGCAAAUACAGCAGCAAGUUUCGGCAUAUACUUUUCGGCCAAUUUGUAAUUGAAAGACACAUCAAGGAAAAAAGGAAACAGAAAAGAGUUCAAAAUUUGACGUCAAAAUUAUACUGGCAACCAGAACAAACAAAAAAGCAAACACAAAGAACAACAAAUACAACAAACUGCCCUUUUUGAAAAACAACAUGCAAUUUUAAUAACUGAAAAUCUCACUGAUAGGAGCAGAAAUAAAUACACAACCAUUCUCUAGUUUAUCGAAAAUAGUAUAAAAAUUGAGACAAACUAUACCAGAGAGUGGGGAACGUGCAGAACGAUCUGCGUUUGAAAUUUAUCUCUAGUAGGAGAGUGAACGAGCUUUAGUACCAACAAAGUCGGUCACAUAAUGAGAGCGCGAAAUAUGCACAGGAAAAUAAAAUGGAGAUAAAAAGUGUGAAACGCGGAAAUAGUUAGAUAUGUAUAGUUGUGCUGUAAUCUAAAUCAGAUGUAAACAAGCGGCAAGAAAGAAACAAAAUGUUAAUGAAUGAAAAAUUGUAAUAUUUAUAUUUAAUAUGAGUAGGGAAAAAAUAAAAAAAAAACGUCGCAGGCGAGUAACUUGAUUGUUGAGUUGAAGCCAAUAGCAGCAAAGCACCAACAAAUGGCAAAUUCGACUGUUGAACAUAACAAUCGUUACUCAGAGAAUAGAGAUGAAAUAAACUGAAAUUGCUACACUGUCCAGUGA